AUGCCGGGUCCGACCGCUCCAUCGAGACCGUCGAGAGCUUCGUCCAUAGCGAGCGUCGACACCACCACCACCUCCCAGAGCGGCAACGCCAACGCCAACGCCAACACCAACGCCGCCCUCCUCGGAGCAACUCUUGCCUUGCGACGCUCUGCCCCCGCCCCCGCCCCGUGGACUCCCACCUCGCCGCUGCCCCCCAACACCAACACCAACACCAACACCAAGAGCAACACCAGCGCCGCGAGCAAUGGAGCGCUGGCCGCAGCCUCCUCGGUGGGCACCGCGGGAAAGAGCGUCAGCCCCAGCAACACCACUCGCAGCGUCAGACCUCCACUGCGCAGGCCGGGAUCGUCUGUGGCCGGGAGUGAUUCCAUGAGGCAGACGAAGCCGAUGGACUACUCCCACGCGUCUUCGCGGGCAGCACCGCAACCGCAGCGGCCGCCGCAUGGCAGGUUUCCGUCUCAGCAGGCAGCGAUGCUGGCCACAUCACGAGCGGUCCCGCCGCCAGCCGAACCCGCGAAUUCCACGCACGAGCGAUCACGCCCCGGUCGGCUGCGUGCUGGAUCCCCAACGACUACCAGGCCGCCGAUUGCGCCAAAACCUCGGAGACUGAGUGAACACCGUAAGACGUCAGCCGUCGAUAGCUCCGACACGCCAACCGACAUCACCUCAAUUGCUCCGACAACAUCACUUGUCGACCUGUUCGAACAACGAUCAAGGACGACGAAAGCGCAGGGAAAGAGACCUCAGCCGAUAGUGAUCAAGCCGAGCGAUGACCUUGCUAUCAAGAGCCCAAAGCCAGUGCGAUCAGGGAUAACUUCCAUGUUGCACCUAGAAUUGGGUGAGAAGACGAAGGAUAGACCGAGACCACAGCCAGAGAUAUCGACAGUAGAGCCCGUCAAAGUUUCGCCGCGCGGGAAUCAGGGUUAUGAUGGCAACUCAUCCGACGACUCAUUUGCGUCCGCUUCAGAGGACUUGAAUGCGCGCUCCCCACCCGCCAGCCCCGUGGCAGCAGCUGCAGCAAGAAGGACCUCAGAUGCUGCUAGUCCUUCUUCGGGCCCGACUUUAAAAGUCCAGCAUGACGCCAAGCGGAGACCAGCAGUCUCCCCAUCAUCUGUCCCACAACAUGCAUCUAAACCAAUCGAUAUACAACCGUCGAAACGAACCGGCACAGCCCCAUCCGAUGCCGUGUCGGCGUCCCCGGCGUCGCAAACGUUGAGGACUAUACCAGCACAAUUCAACCAGGCAUAUCCUCGCAGGAUGACACCGCUGACGACUGGAGACGACCUCGCCAAUGCUCUGGUCGCGUCUAGUUUGGCUUCCUCGCGUGGCCCUUCACCUGCCAAAUCGGACGCCCCACCAGUACCGACUCGUAGGAAACACCACAAUCAUCACCACCACCGCAGGCUAUCCUUCUCCUCUCGUCCAUCGAGCCCUGCCAAGACUGGAAUGAUGCGGACCCUCCGCAAGCAAGAAGAAUCAUCAGGGUCAUCCGACGAGGAGAAUGAGCAGCAUCCGUAUGGACAUCAUCGCAAGAAACGUCUUGUUCGCAAACACCCGAACAAGCAUCACGAAGGCGAUCGAAAACGCUGGCGAGAUGCCGUUACCGAGCGCGAGCGCAAACGAUACGAGGGAGUCUGGGCUUCCAACAAAGGCUUGCACUGCUGCCUCACUUUGGCAGAGCAAGAGCGUGUUCGAACUGCGCCCAAUGAGCCCCGGACGAAGGACCUCCAGGCUGUCCUGAACGAUCAGGUAUCGAACAUUGUGGUGCGAGAUAUCUGGAAUCGCUCUCGAUUGUCGGAGAGCGUCUUGGAGACAGUUUGGGACCUUGUCGAUCACAACGCGGUCGGACGUCUGGGCAAGGAGGCAUUUAUCGUCGGAAUGUGGUUGAUCGAUCAAAGACUCAAGGGCCGCAAAUUGCCAGUGAGAGUGACAGAAUCGGUUUGGACGAGUGUCAGGGGAAUCCACGGUAUUAAGAUCAGAAAAUGA